ACGGCAGGCUACCAGAUGUUCCAGGUGAUGAGGUUUGCUGUUGAGGAAAUCAACAACUCCAGCACACUCCUGCCUAACGUAACCCUUGGUUACCAGCUCUUUGAUCACUGCUCAGAUGGCCACAACUUCCCUGCCAUCCUCAAAUUCUUCUCCCAUAAUGACUCCAUCAAAGUCCGAGACCUCAACCACCACGUGCCUAAAGUCAUCGGAUUCACUGGUCCCUUCAGUAGCACUGAGACUAUAACCAUGGCUCCACUGUUCAUGAUGAACCUCAUCCCCAUGGUGAACUAUGGAGCAGGCAGUUCCACCCUCAGUAACAAACGGUUGUAUCCAUCUUUUGUGAGGACGGUACCAAGCAACGAAGAUGAGAUUGAAUUGAUCAUUCACAUCAUAAAGCAUUUUGGCUGGAACUGGGUGGCGUUUGUUGGAUCCAACGGUGCAUACAGUGAGAAUGGCUUUCAACUGUUUGUUCAACUGAUUAAAAAUACUAACAUCUGUUUGCCCUACCAGAAGCUCAUCACUAACACAUCAGAGGUAGCCACAGUAUUUCAGAACAUAGAUGAGCUCAAGAUCCGUGUCAUCGUCCUGUUUAUUGAGCAGCUGUUUGCUGAGGACAUUAUCACCUUAGCUGUACAAGAAAGCUUCCACGAUAAGGUCUGGAUCGCCAGUGAUGCCUGGGCCUUGAACGCUAAGCUACGUGAGCUUGAGGGCAUUGAGAAAGUUGGCACCAUUAUAGGUGUGGCACCAACAGUUGUGUCUCUACCUGGCUAUAACCAGUUCAUUUACCAGUCACAACACAGAGCUGAUUCUGUCCAGAGCACUGAAGGCUUCUGCAACCAGGGCUGUGAUAACUGUUCCUCCGUCAGCUCAGAGGAUGUCAUCAAUGAAAACCCCACCUACUCUUUCCCCAUUUAUUCUGCUGUGUACACCAUGGCGAUGGCUUUACACAAUGUUCUACAGUGCAACCACUCAGGAUGCAACAAGACCCGCACAGUAUAUCCCAACAUGCUUCUUCGAGAAAUCAAACACUUAGAUUUCCCUUUAAACCGAAAUGAUGUAUCCUAUGACAAAAAUCUGGACCCACCCGCACAUUUCACCAUUUGGUUCUGGAACACAACAAUUCACCCUGCAGAUAUAAAGGCGAUAGGAACAUAUGAAAAUCGUCAUGAAGUUAACUUCACUAUGGAUGACAAGCAAAUUGACUGGCAUGAAGAUGGUUCUGUGCCAUUCUCCAACUGCUCUGUGCAGUGCAGGCCGGGAUACAAACAAGAGGAGGACGGGCCACACAAGUGUUGCUUUAAAUGUGCUGAAUGCCCGGGCAACUCUUAUUCUAAUCACACAGCAUGUCCGACGUGUCACACAUAUGAGUGGUCCGAGGCUGGAAGCACAUCAUGCCAAAAACGUUCCGUGGAAUUCCUCUACUUCUCCGACGUCACCUCCAUUCUGAUCCUGCUCUCCACAUCGUUCCUCAUGCUCCUGUGUGUGGGGGUGGCCGUGCUGUUUGCCGUGCACCGCUCCACGCCUGUAGUGCGGUCAGCAGGGGGCAGUAUGUGCUUCCUGAUGCUGGGCUGCCUGGCCGCCGCCUCCAUCAGCAUCUUCUUCUACUUCGGCGAGCCCUCAGCUGUGAGCUGUGCGCUUCAGAGCUGGAUCUUUGUCUACUUCUACACCGUGUUCUUGUCCUGCCUGACCGUGCGCUCCUUUCUGAUCAUCUGCAUCUUUAAGGUGGCCGUGUAUCUGCCCAGAGCGCAUGAGCUGUGGGCGAAGUACAAUGGGCAGUGGCUUCUGGUCGCGGGGAUAUCUCUUCUCCAGCUCCUGCUCUGUGGAGUCUGGAUGGCAAGUCCGGCGAUUCCGGAGAAAGACACAAAAUCCUUCAAAGACCAGCUCCUAAUAAUCUGCUUUUUAAGAAAUAUGACUGCUUCCUAUUUAUGUAUCAUAUUAAUGUUUAUCCUCAGUGGCCUCUGUUUCUGCUUCUCCUACUUGGGAACAGACCUGCCCAAGAACUACAAUGAGGCCAAAGGCAUCACUUUCAGCAUGUUGCUGUUUUGGCUGAGCUGGGCUGUGUUCCUCACGGCCACCUUGGUGUCCCGUACCAAGUAUGUGCAGAUGAUCAAGGCCCUAGUUGAGCUGAACUGUUUGUAUGCCAUCAUGGUCAGUUACUUCAUCCCUAAGUCUUUCAUCAUUGUCUUUCAGCCGGCCAAGAACACACCAGAGUAUUUCCAACAAGCUAUACAGAGUUACACACAAACUGUCGGCAGAAUGUAG